AUGGCUCCGCUCCUCCCCCUCGGCCCCCUGGGUAGUAGGCCCCUGCUGCUGGCCACCGCCCUGCUGCUGGGCGCCUGCUGCGCCUGCAUAGCGGGCCUGGAGUUCUCGGGCGAGCCCGGCCAGUGGGCGCGCUUCCUGCGCUGGGACGCGAGCGUGCGCGGCGACCUCAGCUUCAAGUUCAAGACGGACGCCUCGUCGGCGCUCCUGCUCUACUUCGACGACGGCGGCUACUGCGACUUCAUGCAGCUGGCGGUGGCGGAGGGCCGGCUGCAGCUGCAGUUCAGCAUCGACUGCGCCGAGACCACCGUGGUGUCGGACCGGCGCGUCAACGACAGCAGCUGGCACCGCGCCUCGCUCAGCCGCUUCAACCUGCGCACGGCGCUCGGCCUGGACGGCAUGGUCAAGUCGGACGAGCUGCAGCAGCCGGCGCGCCAGCACAUGAAGAUCGUCAGCGACCUGUUCUUCGGCGGCGUGCCGCUCGACAUCCGGCCCGCCACGCUCACGCUGCCCACCGUCAAGGACCUGCCGCCGUUCCGCGGCGCCGUCACCGAGCUGCGCUACGGGGGCGCCAAGGCGGCGCCGCGGCUGCUCAGCAGCCAGCGCGUGCUGCUGGACAUGGAGGGCAUCUGCAGCGUCAACCCCUGCGAGAACGGCGGCAGCUGCUCCGUGGUGGACGGCAAGACGCUCUGCGACUGCUCCAAGACGGAGUACAAGGGACGCUUCUGCACCCAAGAGGUCAACAACAUCCCAGGUUUCGCCCACAUGAUGAUGGCAGAACAAGCCAAGAGCAAAGCGAGAGAUGAGAACAUGGCCACGUUCCGCGGCGCGGAGUACUUCUGCUACGACCUGUCUCAGAAUCCCAUCCAGAGCAGCAGCGACGAGAUCACGCUCUCCUUCAAGACCUGGCAGCGCAACGGCCUCAUCCUGCACACGGGCAAGUCGGCCGACUACGUCAACCUGGCACUGAAGGACGGCGCCGUGUCCCUCGUCAUCAACCUAGGCUCCGGCGCCUUCGAGGCCAUCGUAGAGCCUGUCAACGGCAAGUUCAACGACAACGCUUGGCACGACGUCAAGGUCACGCGCAACCUGAGACAGCAUUCAGGCAUUGGACACGCUAUGGUGACGAUAUCCGUGGACGGCAUCCUGACCACCACCGGCUACACCCAGGAGGACUACACCAUGCUGGGCUCGGACGACUUCUUCUACGUGGGGGGAAGCCCCAGCACCGCCGACCUGCCCGGAUCACCCGUCAGCAACAACUUCAUGGGCUGCCUCAAAGAGGUGGUGUACAAGAACAACGACAUCCGCCUGGAGCUGUCCCGGCUGGCGCGCAUCGCCGACCCCAAGAUGAAGAUCCAGGGGGACGCCCAGUUCAAGUGCGAGAACGUGCCCACGCUUGACCCCAUCUCCUUCGAGACGCCCGAGGCCUUCAUCAGCCUGCCCAAGUGGAACACCAAGCGCAUGGGAUCCAUCUCCUUCGACUUCCGCACCACCGAGCCCAACGGACUCAUCCUCUUCACCCACGGCAAACCACAGGACAGGAAGGCUGUUCCGGCUGCACCCGGAACCGGCGCCGCUGGAUUGAGGAACACAAAGGUGGACUUCUUUGCGGUGGAGCUUCUGGACGGGAGCCUGUACCUGCUGCUGGACAUGGGCUCCGGAACCAUCAAGGUCAAGGCCACCCAGAACAAGGUCAACGACGGCACCUGGUACCACGUGGAUAUACAGCGCGACGGACGAGCAGGUACCAUCUCGGUGAACAGCCGGCGCACGCCCUUCACGGCCAGCGGUGAGAGCGAGAUCCUGGACCUGGAGGGCGAGAUGUACCUGGGCGGGCUGCCGGAGAACCGGGCGGGCCUAAUCUUGCCCACCGAGCUCUGGACCGCCAUGCUCAACUACGGCUACGUGGGCUGCAUACGGGACCUCUUCAUCGACGGACGCAGCAAGGACAUACGGCAGAUCGCAGAGGACCAGAACGGCGCCGGCAUCAAGCCCAGCUGUAACAGGCUGUCGGGAAAGCAGUGUGAGAGCAACCCCUGCAAGAACAAGGGCCUGUGCAAGGAGGGCUGGAACCGCUUCAUAUGCGACUGCACUGGCACCGGCUACUGGGCCCGCACAUGCGAGAGGGAGGCGUCGAUCCUGAGCUACGACGGGAGCAUGCACAUGAAGGUAGCAAUGCCAACAACGAUGCACAGCGAGGCGGAAGACGUGUCGCUGCGUUUCAUGUCGCAGCGCGCGUACGGCCUGCUCGUGGCCACCACGUCCCGCGACUCCGCAGACACGCUCCGUCUCGAGCUUGACGGCAGCCGCGUCAAGCUCACCGUCAACCUAGACUGUAUCAGGAUAAACUGUAACUCCAGCAAGGGACCAGAGACCCUGUACGCUGGGCAAAAGCUCAAUGACAAUGAGUGGCACACGGUGCGUGUGGUGCGCCGGGGUAAAAGCUACAAGCUGUGGGUGGACGACGACGUGGCUGAAGGCCAGAUGGCGGGCGACCACACGCGCCUGGAGUUCCACAACAUCGAGACGGGCGUGAUGACGGAGCGCCGCUUCGUCUCCAUGAUCCCCUCCAGCUUCAUCGGCCACCUGCAGAGCCUCAAGUUCAACGGCAUGCUCUACAUCGACCUGUGCAAGAACGGCGACAUCGACUUCUGCGAGCUCAACGCGCGCUUCGGCAUGCGCUCCAUCAUCGCCGACCCCGUGACCUUCAAGACCAAGACCAGCUACCUGUCGCUGCCCACGCUGCAGGCCUACGCCUCUAUGCACCUCUUCUUCCAGUUCAAGACCACCGCGCCCGACGGCUUCAUACUCUUCAACAGCGGCGACGGCAACGACUUCAUCGCCGUGGAGAUGGUCAAGGGGUACAUCCAUUACGUGUUUGACCUUGGCAACGGCCCCAAUGUCAUCAAGGGGAACAGCGACAGGGCCCUGCACGACAACCAGUGGCAUAACGUGGUCAUCACCCGCGACAACAACAAUGUCCACACCCUGAAGGUCGACGCCAAGGCCGUGAGUCAGGCUGUCAACGGUGCGAAAAAUCUGGAUCUGAAAGGUGACCUGUUCAUCGCUGGCCUGGGCCCCGGCAUGUACAACAGCCUCCCCAAGCUGGUGGCGUCGCGGGACGGCUUCAAGGGCUGCCUGGCGUCGGUGGAUCUGAACGGCCGGCUUCCCGACCUCAUCAACGACGCGCUCUUCCGCAGCGGGCAGAUCGAGCGCGGAUGUGAAGCCUCCACCAGCGAACUCGGUUUCACCAAAGCUGACCUGCAAGGCCCCAGCACCACGUGCCAGGAGGACUCGUGCGCCAACAUGGGCAUCUGCAUCCAGCAGUGGGAGAACUACACCUGCGACUGCAGCAUGACAUCCUACACCGGCACCAACUGCAAUGACCCUGGGACGACGUACAUCUUCGGCCGUGGCGGAGGUCUCAUCACGUUCAGCUGGCCGCACAACGAGAGGCCGAGCACGCGCACGGACCGCCUCACCGUGGGCUUCAGCACCUCCCUCAAGGACGGCAUCCUGGUGCGCAUCAACAGUGCAGAGGGCCUGGGAGACUUCAUCAUGCUGCACAUAGAACGAGGGAAGAUAGGAGUACUGUUCAACGUCGGGACGGUCGAUAUCCUGGUCCAGGAGACCAGCAUCCCUGUGAACGAUGGCAAGUACCAUGUGGUCCGGUUCAUCAGGAACGGGGCCAACGCAACACUACAGGUGGACAACUGGCCAAUCAAUGAACACUUCCCCCAAGGCAACAGCGAUAGUGAACGGCUGCAAAUCGUGAAUAAGAAAAUCCCGUUCAAACUGCAGAGAAAUGUAGAGGAGUGGAUGCAAGAAAAAGGCCGGGCGCUAACAAUCUUUAACACCCAGGCCAACAUCACCAUUGGCGGCACCGACCGCAGGCGUCCGUUCCAGGGCCAGCUGUCGGGGCUGUACUACAACGGCCUCAAGGUGCUCAACAUGGCCGCCCACGGGAACCCCAACAUCCGCAUCAACGGCAGCGUGCGGCUCGUGGGGGACGCAGGGGCGGGAGGGGGCGGGGGGACGCGCACCACCGCCCUUCCCCCCGAGAUGUCCACCACGUUCAUCGAGACCACCACCACCAUGUCGACCACCACCACGCGGAAACACCGCUCGCCACCUACUAUACAGACGCCGGAUGAGAUUGUGUCGUCGGCGGAGUGCUCCAGUGAUGAUGAGGACCUGGAUGAGUGUGACUCAGGCCAUGCAGGUGGGCUAGGAGAAUUCAUACUUGUUGAGGAUCCCCUAGUGUACCCUCCUUUAGCCACUCGUACACCCUUCAUCCCCCCCUUCCCAACCCUCCGCCCCCCUCCCACCAUUACUGAGACCACCAAAGAGUCCCUGUCCAUGGCAACUGAGGCGGGGGUACCUUGCUUGUCGGACGGAGGCAGCGAUGAUUGUGAUGAUGGCUUGGUGAUAUCUGGGUUUGGCUCGGGGGAAGCGUUCGACUCUAGACUGCCCCCUACCGAUGAUGAAGAUUUUUACACCACCUUCUCCCCGGUAACAGAUAAGACCUUUUCCACGUCGGCCUUUGAGGGUGGCUACAAGUGGGAAGCCAAGGACUUUAGACCUAACAAAGUCUUCGAAUCUGGUAGGACUACUGCUACUACUACUACUACUACUGCUACUACCAUGCUCGCCGCUGCCGCGACGCUCGGUCCCAAGCUGAGCCGCGGCGGUGGCGUGGGCGUGGGUGCGGGCGCCCCUCCUCCCGACCCGAGCUCGAAACGACCCAAGCUGCCCGCGAGCAAAAAGAAUAACCGAGAGCUUAAGCCCCAUCAGCCAGACAUAGUCCUGCUUCCGUUGCCCACGUCCUAUGAGGUAGACCGUACCAAGCUGCGGAGUUCGCUAAUAACCUCCCCAAUGUUCCGUAAUGUACCCACAGCCAUCCCCACGGAGCCGGGCGUGAGGAGGGUUCCGGGGGCCUCCGAGGUGGUCCGCGAAUCUAGCAGCACCACUGGGAUGGUCGUCGGGAUCGUGGCCGCUGCCGCACUAUGCAUCCUUAUUCUGCUGUACGCCAUGUACAAGUACAGGAACAGGGACGAGGGAUCUUACCAAGUGGACGAGACCAGGAACUACAUAACUAACUCGGCUCAGUCCAACGGAGCCGUCAUGAAGGACAAGCAGUCGAGUUCGAAGAGCAGCAAAAAGAAACAGACAGACAAGGACAAGGAGUAUUAUGUGUGAAUGUUGGCUUAAUGUUGCACGCGAUGAUGACAUAGAAAGAGAGAAAGAAAAAGAGACAGACAGAGAGAGAGAGAGAGAGCGCAAAAAGACAUUUUAAAACAAAAAAUUAUCCUAUCGGGAGUUUGCAAUGAAUGAGGAGACAGGAGAGGAGUUUCUACCUGAGAUGAGAUGUGCUGAGAUGUUGAACAUUGACAUGUACUGUAAUAUAAAGCACACUUACUAUCGUAAGCAUACCAAGAUGGUACCUAGAAACAUUAGUGACCUUAUUCCUUAUAAUGGUCAGAGACGUUAUCAGUGUAGAAUACUUCACGGCUACAUCAUAAUCCUAAGUGACUUUUAGAGGUAUGUGAUCCAUGGCGUAAAAAUCUUGUUUUUGUAAUCCUGUACAAAAAAAGGAGAAAAUAAUUUUGGCCAUUUCAAGCAUGUAAGCAACACAUAGUGCUGGCAGUUUGGCAAGUGUGGGAUUGAAAAAAAUGAGAGUAACAUGGACUCCUGCCAACAAAAAAAAUCUACUGAAACUUUGUAUUGUUUAUACAUUAUGUGAUGUCUGAUAUUAUUUUUAUUUUGCUCUCUGCAAAGAUUAAGAGAAAAUGUAUUCAAUGAAAUCAAUUUAAGAAAAAUGCGCUAUGGACAGACAACACAGAGAUUAGUGAAACAGUGUCAUCCAAAGGAGAUUGUGAGAUUUCAUUGUAUGAGGACUGUUGACUGUGGCCGUGUUGGUGGAGAGAGAGGGGGCAGAUCGUCUCUCUCUCUCGUGUGUGUCUCAGUAAGCCUCUGAUUGUACUGCAUGUCAUCUUUAAAGCUACAGUAUAGUGUGUUCAACCUCGCCUUGAACAGAACCAUCAGACCAACCCGUGAAGAUGACUUUUAUCACACACCCUCAAUGUGACAACGAGGAGAGAAAAAAAAGAACGAAACAAAGAAAAGAAAACGUCCCUGGAAAAUAUAUUUUUAUUUGCUACCAGUGCUGGUCCUUUUUUCAGUCAUGUGUGUUGGUCCAUUUUAUCUUGUUCUCUUUUCUAUGAAGCUGUAUGGUGAAGGACUGGUCCACUAUUAUAACACUGUUGAGGAUGUCUAUACAAAAUAAAUCCAAUGUGAAAAGUGUGAAUUCUAUCUUUGUCAAAGUCAACUGCAUCAAAAAAAAGAAAAAGAUGAACAAAUUUGUUUACAUAUUUUAAUAAAUUCUAGCAGUUGUACCUUGUAGGUAGAUGUUGUACAUAGUAAAACCUAUGUUGUUUUUCUUCUCAGUAGUUCAGCUGGAAGAUCAGAUCUUUGAGCUUUGAGUGUGUGUACACUUUGACAACAGUCUUGAACUUUUACAAAGGCUUGAGGAAAUCGAGGAGACAAGCUCAUAUUUCCUGAGCAACACUGAGAAGAAUGCUAGGUUAGGCAGCAAGCCUUUCUUGCAGGUGUGUCUCUAUGUGGACACCUAAGUGUACCGUAAAUUUCACAGCAGACAUCACAACAUGACACCUGUCCUAAUGGCGUGAGGCAAAUCUUUGUUUUUAUCAGUUACUUUGAUCCAGUGAGGAGCAUACAGUACAUACACAGGCAGACAACUGUGGAUGCAAAGUGUUUUAUACACCUUGUUCUCUGCCGGAUCCAGGCGUUUUAUUAUUACCUCAACUUCAGAACUAAACAACCUCCAAGUUCCUGCAGACACAUAUUUCAUGGCAGUUACGCCAGUCAUACACCUUUUAUUUGCUUAUAAACCUAGCUAAUUACUGUUAUAUAUGUACAGCCAUCACUUUGCCAUUUGACGUUUUGAUAUCCAUUUCUUUUGUUACGAUUUGUUCUUUUGAUAUCAUUGACUUUAUUUCACAUCAUAUUUGUUUACAUAUUUUUGGGUUCAUUAAAAAAAAAAACAUUUUAAAAUAAAGCAUUUCA